UUGAUUCACUGCUCGCUGGCUCGCCCAGUUUUCUCUUGGCCUAUCGGCUAUCGAGCUGAUUUGAGCCGAGCUCGGCCUCCAAGGCGUUGUCCAAGCCCUCCGCUCGAGGUACCGUCUAGCUGUAGCUUAGUGGGACCGGUCUUGUGCCAUUCCCCGUGCCCCUGGCCGCUGGGCUCGCUCGAGCUCGGCUCGUUGACUUAGCUCCCGCCAGGCCGCCACCGCCACGCUGCCAUUCCGUCGAACACGUCGCCGGCAUCCCCGUCUCCUCCGCGCCCCGGCGGAGAUGCAGCGGUUCUUCUCCUCCACCUCCAACGCCCCACGGAGUGACGACGACGCCGGCAUCAUCCUGCUCUCGGGCCCCCCGUGCUGCGGGAAGACCUCGCUCCUCUUCCAGUUCGCGGUGAACCGCGCGGCGGAGAGCGGCCGCGGCGUGGUGUUCCUGUGCAGCAAGGGGAGGCUGGAGAGCAACCCCCCUUUCUUGUCCCAGGGUGUUGAUCCAUCGAUGAGCUUACUUCAGAGGGUACAAAUCAAAUACAUUGAAGAUGGCGAUGAAAUCAGAAAGUACUUUGCUGCAUUUCACCUUCUUGACAACUACCCCGCUGCAGUCAUUGUCGACGAUUUUGCAGAUUUCUUCUCCGAAAGGAGCUGCCAACAAAGAUAUGGAACUACUAGGGCUCGAGAUCUAGCAAUGGUUCGUGUAUUAGCUUUGUGCCACAAUGCUAUUGCACAUGCAAAUGCAAAGCUUGGAUCCCUUGGUUCUUGCAAUCUAUUACUAUCUGAUGUACAGCAAGGUGAUACCCCAAGAUCACUGUUUAUUUACAAAAGAUGGAUAAAUUCCAUAUAUACAAUCCGAGCUGAUGGCAAAGGAUCCUACAUACUUAACAAUAUUGGCAGUUCAGAAAGUGAAACCAAGAAAGCAAGAAAAGCCAAAUACUCAAUAGCGCUACAAUAUCUUGUUCUUGAAGAGAUCAGCAAUUAAUAAUUCUCCCCUUUUUUAUUACACUGCGGUGCCCAAGAAUCUGGAAAAAUUGCCUUAGGCUGUUUGGAAACAAAGAUCGAAGCGGCCAGCAGCUAGUUUAGCAUUCAAUUUUCUACCAGUUACAUUUGGUGCAUGUGAGUUUGUUGUAAAUACAAAUUUGCAUCCCUAGUUGAUAUUGGGCAUUUGCACCAAACCGCAAUCGGCUUUGAUAUGUUGUACUGGACUUCAGCAAUUAUGUUGUAUUGGGAAAUUUCCAAUGUCCUCAUCUUUCCUGAAGCUCAGGAAUUGUUCUAGUUGUUGGACUGGGUUUUCGACA